CAGCCUUUGACCUUUUUGGCGCGAGUUGUAAAAUCUUGUCCUGUAAUAUAUUCUCCAAUAUAAGCAUGGAUAUCAGCGGUUAUAAGAAAAACAACUCUAAAAGUCACGUGGUAGCAUCUGUUGUUCCAGAGAUUACAAAAACUGAGCCAUGUUGGCUUGGAAUUGACGAGGCGGGAAGAGGACCAGUUUUAGGUCCAAUGGUGUAUGGUAUUGCCUACUGCCCAAUCUCAAUGAAAGACAAAUUGAAAGAUAUGGGACUUGCAGAUUCAAAGACCUUAUCUGAGGAAAAAAGAGAAAGUCUGAUGAAUAGCAUAGAUGAAGCCAAAGACUACAUGGGCUGGAUUGUCAAUAUCCUUGCCCCAAAUGCCAUUUCUAAUGGCAUGCUUAGAAGGUGUAAAUACAACUUGAACGCGAUAUCACAUGACACGGCUAUAGGACUUGUACAGAAAGCUAUUGAGAAGGGGGUAAAUGUAAAAGAGGUUUAUGUUGAUACAGUGGGGCCACCAGAAAAAUAUCAAGCUAAGCUAGAAGGAAUAUUUCCAGAUUUGAAAAUAACAGUUGCCAAAAAGGCCGAUGCCCUUUAUUCCAUAGUCAGUGGGGCCAGUAUAUGUGCAAAAGUAUGCAGAGACCAUUGUGUAAAAGAGUGGGAAUUUAAAGAAGGCAUUGAAGUAGACAACUUUGGCUCUGGAUACCCUGGAGAUCCAAACACCAAGAACUUUAUGAAAGAACAAUUAGAUCCAGUGUUUGGUUUCCCUCAACUUGUACGUUUUGGAUGGUCAACUGCGUACAAUGUCAUUGAUGAGAAGUGUGUCUCUGUUUGCUGGGAAGAUGAUGAAGAUGAAGAAGAAAAGGCCAAAAGACCAAGAUCUGUUCUCACAAUGUUUAGCGAAAAAACUGAACCACAAUUAAAAAGACACAAAUAUUUCAAAGAUAAUUGUUUAAAAAAUGUGGACAGUUUUUAACAAUAGUAGUAAUUAAAAAUAGUUUAAUUGGCUGACUGGCAACGAUAGGAUAUGGGAAAAACAGUAUAGGUCUCCACUGACUGUUUAGUGACAAUAGAUGUCAGAAUGAAUUUUUUUCAUUGGUAUUAUUGAAGAUCUUCCAAGUACACAGGAAAAUUACAUCGGACCCCGUACAAGCCCAUACGGAGCUUAUUGAGUCAACAGGCCCUGUACAACAUUUUACGGGCCUCGUUACGAGUCUCGUAAUUGCUUGUAAUUUUAAAGCCUCCUAAGGGCUUGUAAUUACAAGGCCUGUAAUAGCUCGAAAUUUUCGACCCCCGUUCUUGACCGUACAGUGCCCGUAACGAGCCCCAUAAUAAAUCGUAAUUUUCAAUCCCAGUACUUGCUUGU